AUGCCCGCCUUCGUGGCGAUCAACGUCGAGCCCGAGGACAACGUCGAGGACGAGGUCGACGUGACGCGGCGGAUCCAGACGGAGGAUGCCUUGAAGCUAUACCAGACGGCGCUCAAGCUGCACGCCCAGGGCGCGCGGUCGUUCCCGGAAGCCAAACAGGCAUACGACGCCCUCUUCGAGUCCGAGAUCUUUAAAUACCCCGAUGCAGCGACGGAAUACGAACGAUCUGAGCAGCAGCAGGACCGGCUGCUGGCGUCGGGACCGGCCAUUGCGCCACGACUCGCACUGGAAACGGCCGCGAUCGAGGACAACGCGUCCGAGAGCAGCCUUCCCCAGACAUACUACCUCGCAUACAAGAACCACGGCCAGUUUCUGCUGGACCGCAUCCGACACAAGGCGCGAGCGGCACGACGAGCAGAGGCGGAGGCGAAUACGGAGACGGAUACGGAGACGGACGUGUUUGCCGAGGCGGCUGUGCUAGACGAUUCGCAUGAGGCUUUGAACGACUUCCAGGCGGCCCUCGACCGCGAUCCGUCGGAUGCGGAUCUCUGGCGACGGACAGCGCGUGUGGCGGCAUUUCUGCGCAGCGCACGAAUAGAGCGGUACUGCCUCGAGGCGGCCAUCGAGCUAGACGAUGACCCGGCCGUCGACGAAGUCGGGCCACCCUCGCUCGCCGAGGGCUUUGCGGGCGAGCAGCUGCGAAACCAGCUACGGGCGCUGGGCGACGACAUAGCGCUGACGCACCCGAUCAUGGCGCCGUAUCUGCGGCGACAGGUGGCGGCGGCGUUGCGGCGGUACCUCGACCCGUUCCCGUGGCUGCCCAACCGGACGGGCGACACGGUGGCGCUGCCACAGACGGCAGCUGUUGUCCGGCUGACAAUCCGGUUCUCGAGCCCGUCAUGGGCCGACCUGGGCAUGGCCUUGGUCCGAUCGGCGAGCGAGGAGGGCGUCUCGGGACGGGCGAUUCAGAUCGAGGCGCCGGAGAUGCCGGACGACAACCAGCUGAUGCAGAUCGAGAUCGACCAGCAGCUAUCGAUGCACGUGUCGCGGCCGGCGGCUGAGGAGGCGGGUGGGGCAUCAGACGAGGAGGCGGCCGAGAGCGGCACGACAAAGGAACACAAGGACAGCCACAAGGAUCGCAGUACGUCGCAGUCGCGAAAGCGGUCUCAGUCGGCGGCUGGCCUGGUCGAGGCGGCGAACGAGGAGGAGGCGGGCGGCGACAUGAAGCGAAGCAAGCGCAUUCGACGACGAGAGACGUUGGCAGGAGAGGCAGUGGACGCGAACGCGACGCUGGCUGAACAGCUGCAGCCACUGCAAGAGGCCGACUCACAUCUGUUUGGGCUGGCGCAGAGACUGCUGACUCGGCUGGGCGUAAAAGCGUUACCGGCGCUGGACGAGGUGCGGCGAACGAUCCAACUGACAGGUACAGAUCUGCGCACGGCAGAGCUGCAGAGCCGAGCAGCACGAGACAUGCGGUCGGCGCUGGUCUUCUUCAAGGACGAGCGGGCCAAGGUGCUGCUCAGCAAGAAGGCCGGGCCGAUUCUGGGACUGAACGCACUGCUGGAGCAGUCCAAGGCAGGCCAGCAGAGCGCGGUCGAGGUGGCUACUCUGGACGAGAUGCGCGGGCUGCGAGCGUUUGUGCAGCAGUCGAACAGCGGGUGGCACACGCUGGAUGAGGUGGCAUACGGGUGGGUUGGCCAGAUGGCGGCAAGCUACGCGACACAGCGCUGGUCGGCGACGAUGAAGCAGGCAGUCGUGCAGCUAGUCAGCCAGCUAGACGGGGUUCUGUACCGGCGAGCAUGUCUAGAGGUGGGAGAGUGGGUGGGCGGGAAGCAGACGACGAGGAAGCAGCGAGAAGACCUGCAUGGACUCGUGCAGAUGCUGUUUGAGCUCUACCUGGACGUUUACGAGCGGAUCAACAACCCGGAGAGCUCGGUGAGUGAGGAGGUGCGGACAGAGACACGCGACCGACUGGACCGAUGGAUGGACGUGGCCUCGGGGCUGGCGAGAUCGGCGGCAUCAGAAGACGGCAGCACGACGAAAACGAGCAGCCUGACAUACCGCUACCUCUGGGCUUGCGUCUUCUCGACGACGUUGGUAGAGGGCGUGGCACGGGAGCAUACGCUGGGCUGCUGGGAGGGCCUGCGGCAGUUUCUAUCGCAGCAGAAGCCGGUGGUCAAGAUGGUGAUGCCGAACAACGCAGUCAUGUCGGAGAUCUCGCACACGGCAGCAGAGCGAGAGAUCAGCCGGCUGACCACGAUGGAUUUCUUUCUCGGGCUCUUCCAGGAAGAGCUCAAGGACCCGGUGGCGGUGAUCGAGACGCUGGAGCCAGUGCUGAACCCCAGCUCAGUGUUUGUGGGCCAGCGACCGGUGUCGGAGUGUGCAGGGCCAGAGCUGCGCGACUUAUGGAAGUUUCUGCGCGGCAGCAGCACCGAUCUGAGGUUGUUUCUGUGGACGCGGCUGGCGGAUGCGUACAAGGAGAUCGACUACUCGACCAAGGUGCUGUCGUGCUAUCUGCACAGCAUCGAGAUGAUCGUGGACGAUCUGGAGGGGACACCGUCCGAGGCAGCAAGUUCAGAGGCCAAGCAGCAGGCUCGUUUUGUGCAGAUGCUCAAGACGCUGGACGAGGCGCUGAUCCAGGCACUGCACCUGGCAGUCAACGACGCCGGGGCCUUUGACAUUGUGGACGAGGCACACCUGCGGACAACGGCGGCAGCGCUGAUACGAGCCAUCUGCAUGGUGCACGUGGCGCUGAUGGUGGAGGACGAAGUGCGGGCAGGCCUGGCAACAGCGGCUUCGGGCUCGCAGACAUACCACGGCUUCCAGAACCGACUGCACGAGACGUAUGUGCGGGCGUGGACGUUGCUGUACGCGGUGUUGAACCGGGGGCUCCGAGGAACGGAAGUGAAGGGAGAGGAUGAUGAAGGUGAGGGCGAAGGUGAAGGUGGUGAAGGUGGUGAAGGUGGAGAUUUGUCAUCUCCGUCUGAUGCACCUUCCCUAUCAGCCCAAAUGCAAAACACACUGGCAGAACUGCUGGACGCCAUCCACCAGACGAUCGGACUACGACGGUUCUGCAAGGCGUCCAACAAGAUCUUUUUGCGCGUGGCACGAGCCGACCUGCUGCGGAUGGACGGGCUGCUGCACUGGGAACAGCAUCUGGGUCAGGUGCUAUACGACCUGCACGGGCUGAAGCUGGGGCUGGCAGCCUCGGACGUGGAGGAGCACGGCUGUCCGGUCGAGCGGCUGGAGCGCAAGAACGCGCUGGCGCUGGUGGACAAGGUGACAGCGCUGGCGAGUCGGGUGUCGAUGAAGGACCUGCUCAAGUCGGAGCUGAAGAACACGAUCGAGCACAUGCAGCAGGCGAUCGGGUCGACCAAGUCGACGGCACAGAUGAUCCACAACCUGCGCUACUUUACCGAGUAUCUACGGCGACCGAUCCAUGCACUGCGGCUGUACGAAGCAUGGCGAGGCGGCGUCGAGCUGGACACGGUGCCAGCCACUACGCCCGACACCGCUCUCGCCCACGGUGGCUGGUUCUUCCUCAUGGGCAUGAUCGCCCUGACCAAGUUCAAGGGCGUCGACCUGAACCGUCGCCAGACCCCCGGCGCUACCGACGACCUGCGCGUCGGCGCUCAGUAUUUGCGCCUACAGCUGCAGCUGACCCCGUCACGCUGGGAUGCCUGGUUCCGAUUGGCCGAGUGCUCCGAUUACGACCUCGAUGAGGCCGUCCUCUGGUCGGCCGACAAGAUGAACAAGGACCGUGGCGAGCUGGUGCGUCUGCAGCGCAGUGCCAUCCACUGUUACGGCCUCGCCCUGUCGUACUGGGGAGGGGGGGACCUGGCGAGGACAGACGGAGACACGAAGCCAGACAGCGAUGCGCUGCACGACCUCUACGCCAACUUUGGCCAGCGCAUGUACGCCAGCAGUCGCGAGCCGUUUGCCAUGGAGGCCUUUGGCCAGGCGGCCGAGAACGAGCGAUUCUUCAUCGCAGCCGACACCCUGUCGACGUACAAGAAGGCCCAGCACGGCUCCAUGACCGAACACAUGGUGUGGAAGUACGCGGCCCGGCUGUUUCGGCGGGCGUUGGGCACCGCCACAGCGGCCGUCGUUGCACCAGCCACAGCACCAGCCACGACACCAGCCACCGCCUCAGCCACUUCGCCGCCCGACUGGAAGAGCGCCUACGUGCUGAGCAAGUGCGUCUGGAAGAUGUACCAGACGCCAGCCGUGCUGCUGAGCGAGCGCGAGCGGGCAGCCCAGCCAGGCGUGUCUGAGGUCGUGCGCGCGCUGGAGCGUACCAUUGCCAUGGUGGUGCAACUGCCAAAGCCGCGCCACGGCCAGGACCCCGUGCUGGAGCCGCACUACAAGCUGCUGUCGGUAGUGGACAAGCUGGUGCGGCGCGGCGACCUGGACGCGACUGCCGGCGUCGAGAUCCUGCAGCGGCAGCCGUACGGGGUCAAGAUGGAGGGCGCGGGCGCGGGCGGCGCUGCAGCACCGACAAAGGCCGCGUGGGAGGAGUUUGUCAUUCGGUCGCUGCGACAUCUGCGCGAUAAGGACAACAAGUCCGAGAACGACAAAAAGUCCGACGUCGACGCUCACAAAGCCGCUAUCCGCAAGGAACGAGCCAGAGCGGCCUUUGCUGUCUUGCGCGAGUCCAUGUUCACCAAGACGAUGGUGAUGAACGUGUGGAAGUGCGAUGCCGAACGGCCGGGCCGUCACCAUGUCUACACCGAGCAGUACGUCCGCUUCGUCACUCGGCUGCUGGUCGUGCUGGAGGACCGCGUCAACCUGGAGGCGCUGCUGCGACGCAUCCGCAAGAAAGGUGCCGACUUCUACCACUUUCCCGACCUCUGGCAGAGCUGCGUCAUCAGCUACCUACGCCUGCUGCGACGCUGCUACGGCAUCGCGUCGGCAGCAGCGACGGCCGCCAUGGAGGAUGUCUUCAAAGCGGUCACGCCGGAAGAGUUUGAGAUUUUAGCCGAGCGCGUCAGUGACUGGGCCGGACAAGAAGUCUCGGACGGAGGAGGGGAUGCUGUGGGCGAGGAGAGAGAGGCAAAGGACGUCAAGGACGUCAAGGACGUGCGGAUGCCGAAAGACGGCGAGAUCCAGCCAAGCCCGAAACCAGAACACCAGGCCCUCAGCGCCAUGCGCGAGGCGGUCGAGAUGAAGAAGCUCAACGGCAGUCUGAUGAAGGCGGGACCGAUUGACGAUCUGAUUGCCGACUGCUACAGCAUCGUGUUUGCCGAAGUGGCCCGCGGGCUACCUGGCGAGGACCCAGCCCGCUUGAUCGAAGAACGCCACCGCCAGCAGCGCCAGGAGGCCGAGCGCCUGGAGCGCCAGGAGCGGGAAGCCGAGGCGUCACAGAUGCUGCGUGACUUCAACCUGUUUGGCGACAAGGCGGCCGUAACAGCGGAGACCGGAUCCAGGUCACGUGCCGGCUCGGAGGGACCGCCUGGGGGAAUAACACUACACGUAGCCGAGAAGAUGGAGCGCCAGGGCUCGGGAGUGGGCGGAGACAAGGAUAAAGGUGGCGCCGACCAUCCGGUCCGUCGAGGCCGUGCAGCUGGGGUUAGGCGACCCGAUGUGCUGCGCAAGGCCGAACAGGCGGCAGCAAAAGCGGCAGCAGCAGCAGCAGCGAGAGCUGGCGUGACGGGAACAGGCGUGACGGGCACAGGUGUGAUCGGGACAGGAGUGGCCGCUGGGAGUGCAGGAAGUGCAGCUGGGGGAGGAGCAGGGAUCUUGACGUCCGCAGCAGGCGCAUCGACAACAGCCACAACGACUGCGACUGCACGUGAAAACAACGGCAGCGGACGGCGAUCGAUGCGGCUGGGCUCAGCAUCGAGUGCGAAGAACGAGGCCGGUGGGGUCGACGGCGACGGUGACGAUGGACGGGGUGAGGAAGAGGUCGAAGCAGAGGCGGAUGGCCCGGAAGACGAGCCGGAUGGCCGUCGUGGUCGACAACGGGGCCGAGGACGAAGCACGCGGAGCAAAAGUCGACUUAGUCAGCAAGAGGAAGACGGAGAGGACGGAGGACACGGAAACGGAGACGGAGACGGAGACGAAAACGGGGAUGAAAACGGAGGAGAGACGGCCGAACACUCGCCCGAUCCGGACCAUGGCCAUCUGCUCAGCCCCCACACAGACACCCACACGCCCAACCCGCACAGCUCGGCAGCAUCGUCGCCGGCCGGCAGCGUGCAUGACUCGGCCGACGACGAGAGCGAGCUGAGCGACGUGCCGGCAGACUACGACGAGAACGUGCCGGCAUCACUGCUGCUGCUGCCAGAGGUGGAAGAUGUCGACAUGGUGGAAGCAUAG